CAGGGUUCUUCUAUCCCACACAGGAUAUCAUAGCUCUUUAUCAACCGGGUCAGCCCAGUCAUGUUCGCAGUGGCCACUUAAAUAAGUCCCAAUGCUCCUCCUUGCAUAUCUAUCAGGACUCUGAACGCCGCCUUCUUUGCCUCAGUAUUUGCAUCAUACAAUGUCCACGGCCAUCGAGAAAACCAUGUCGGACCCGAAGCAUGCGCAUGAGCAUGAGCACGAGCACGAGCUUGAUGCGGCCGGGCAACCAAAGAGUGAGGAGAUAGGAGAUGUCAUUGGAGCCGGCUCCUACACAGCGGAAGAAGAGAAACAAGUGUUGCGCAAGAUUGAUCUCACCAUUCUACCGUUGAUGUGUCUGGUCUUCUUCAUGCAAUAUCUCGACAAACAAAGUUUGAGUUAUGCAGCCAUCUUCGGCCUCCUCAAAGACCUAAACCUAACGAGUGUACAAUAUUCAUGGUGCUCUUCAAUCUUCUAUGUUGGCCAGCUUGUAGCAGAGUACCCUUUCAUCUACUUGAUGUCCAAACUUCCCCUUACCAAGUUCGUCGGAAUAACGGUCAUAAUAUGGGGUGUAGUUUGCAUGUGUCUCGCUGCACCCCAGAAUUUCGCUGGUUUCGCAGCGGUGCGAUUCCUGCUUGGAUUUACUGAAGGCGCGGUGUCACCCGCCUUUGUAACAAUUACCUCUAUCUGGUACCAGAAGAAUGAGCACGCCACAAGAACUGCUCUAUGGGUCACCAUGAAUGGAGCAGCCCAGGUCAUUGGUUGUCUGCUCAUGUACGGAAUCGGCAAGAACCCCUCACUAACGAUUCAGCCAUGGCGGGUUAUGUUCAUCGUCUGCGGUGCGCUUACAGCAUUUUCUGGUGUCCUUUUCUUUUUCUUGAUGCCUAACGGUCCUAAGAACGCCUGGUUCCUGAACGCUCGCGAGAAAGAGGUACUAUCACUACGCAUGGCGAAGGACCGAGAGGGUGGUGAUAAGACCUCAUUCUCCGUGAGGCAGCUUAAAGAAUCAUUGCUGGACGUGAAGACAUGGUUCGUCUUCUCGUUUGGUGUGCUAGUGACUAUGCAGUCGCCCGUUCUUACAUUUGCUUCGCUCGUCAUCAACACUAUCGGUUAUGAUAAGUACCAGACCAUGUUGUACACUUCGCCAUCAGGAGCGGCACAGAUCCUGCUCUUGUGGAUUGGUGUCUUCGGGUGCUGGCUAUUCCCCCGCAAUCGUACCGCUGUGGUCCUCGUGCUGAUCAUUCCACCUAUCAUCGGCAACGUUCUGCUGCUUAAGUUGUCAGUUGACGCUGGUUGGGGAUUGAUCGCUGCAUCAUGGCUAGCCUCCUGCAUCACCGCCGUCAUGUCACCACUCCUAUCGCUCACAGCCUCCAACGUAAAGGGAAACACGAAAAGAUCUGUGGUCAGUGCAGUGUUCUUCAUCGGCUAUUGCGCAGGCUGCAUUGCGUCUCCUCAACUCUGGACGGAGAAGCCACGAUACUUCAACGGUGUGGUUACUGCCCUCGUUACUUGGUGUCUGUUGUUUGUUGUAGUCAGUGCCUACUGGUUCGUGUGCAAGCGCGACAACAUGAAAAGAGACCAGGCCGCUUCGAACGGUGGACAGAGUGACGACUUGGACCAUGUUGUGUUGGACAAGAACGGCCUGCCAAUUACAGAUUUAACAGACAAGGAGGACUCGAACUUCAGAUAUAGCUGGUAAAUCUUUCUUUUACUCUUCUCCAGGGCCCAUUCUUGCACUUCUAGAGUGUGGUCGAAUGACUCGCGGCAGAGGGAGAGUUGAGUGCGAUAAAUUAGUCGUCUAUCUGUCUCAACUAUGAUAAGUAAAGAAAAAUAGGCAGAAACAAUGAAACCGUUAAAUAUUGCAAUGAUAAACAUUCAGAUAUACAUCUAUUUGAUCUUUUCAUAUUCAGGAAGUGCCCACUUGACCAUCCAUUCCGACUCAAGAACUUGCUUCGCGGUGCUGCGAUCCUCAGGUCUAAAUGCAAGCAUUGGACGUAGCAUGUCAAAAAUCGCUCUCUUCUCCGGAGGACUGAUCAAGGGCAUC